AGGAGCUGGUUCUUGAUAACUGCCGUUCGGACGAUGGGAAGAUCGUUGGUCUCUCUUCAGAUUUCGAGAACCUGGAGUUCCUCAGCAUGAUCAACAUCAACUUGCUGUCCGUCUCCAAUCUCCCCAAACUUAACAAACUCCGGAAGCUGGAGCUGAGUGAUAACAGGAUUUCUGGUGGCCUUGAAGUUCUUGCAGAGAGAACUCCUAACCUGACACACUUGAAUCUAAGCGGCAACAAGAUCAAAGACAUCAAUACCCUGGAGCCCUUGAAAAAGUUGCCAAACCUGCAUAGUCUGGACCUCUUCAACUGUGAGGUGACAAUGCUCAUCAACUACCGGGAGAGCGUGUUCACCCUUCUGCCCCAGCUCACCUACCUAGACGGAUUUGAUGCUGAUGACCAGGAAGCCCCUGACUCAGACCCUGAAGCAGAUGGGGAUGGACUGGAAGAUGAGUAUGAGAAUGGGGAAGAAGGUGAGGAAGAGGAUGAUGAUGAUGAGGAAGAUGAUUUGGAUGAAGAAGUCAUUGAUGAUGAAGAAGAUGAAGAUGAUGAUCUGGAAGGUGAAGAGGAGGAGGACGGAGUAGAUGAUGAGGAGAUCUUGUUUUGGCUCCAGGAGGAAGAUGAGGAGGAAGAUGGUGAGGAUGAUGAAGAAGAUGAAGCUGAUGAUGGGGAAAAGAGAAAACGAAAUCUAGAGGAUGAAGGAGAGGAAGAUCCAGAAGACGAAGAGGACGAUGAGGAUGACUGAUCCGAGCGAGCCAAUCAGUUUUACAGACUAUGACUGUGCUUGUCUUAACCUCCCCGUUGUGUCUAUGUGAGACUGUAAAUCCCUGUCUCCCACUCCUCCCCUCUUUGUAUGGCUGCAGCGUCCACAAUAUAUUUUUUUAAGAUGUAGAAUACUGUAGGCAUUCAGGGGAAUCUUCCAUACAAGGCUCACUUUCUCACAAGUAUCUCAUGACCAAAGGCUUUCUCCGUUCUGUGGUUUGUGCAGCAGUUUG